CUUGCCCUUGAAGCCAGUCACUGCCCCCUUCCUCUGCUCUCGUCAGACUCCCCCCGAAACCAACCAAAAACCGCUCGGCCGGCCACGCCUCGCACGCGGACUGCGCUGGUUUUCCUCCACUCUCGGCGGCGUUGGACAGGCCGUGGCGGGCGCUUGCAUUGGGGCAGGGGCCGUAGCGGCAGAGGCGGCGGCGCUCGGGGCUUCGAGCGAGCGGCGAGAAGGGUGGGGCCGCGGAGAUGUUCUACUCCAAGGACCUGCUGUCGAAGAAGGGCCCGCUCGGGACGGUGUGGGUAGCGGCGUUCUGCGGCGAGGCGGCGCUCAACCGGGACCAGGUCGCGCGCACGGACAUCGUCGCCUCCGUUGAUAAGAUUUUAUCUGAUGUCCAGGGCCCACAUGGAAUUUCCCAGAGAAUACUGGCACAGCUUCUGUUUGGAAUUGUUAGGAUAUACUCCAAGAAAGUGUACUACCUGUACCUUGAUUGUGAGGAAAUUCGCUCAUUGCAACUAAGGCUAUGUGUGGAACCUAGUGUGCUAACUGGAGGGUCGACGCGUGGACCUUUGAAGCAAGCGAAUAAAGCUGUCCGUGCUGGAAGGUCAGUGGCAGGCCAUCAAAACACCAGCAGGGUCAAGAAACCUGUUCAUGCUGUUAGAACUGAAGUCUCUAGUCCAGUAUCAAGUGAAGGCCUCUCUUUAAGGGUAGAAACAGAAGUUAUUGUACGGACAUCUGUGGUAAUCCGGGAAGCACGUUUGCCAGAUGAUCUGCCAACCUUCACGAGACCUAAAAGAUUUGAGCUUGACUCUUUCGAUUUAGGGAUUGCUGAAGAUACAGAUGAUGAAGGUGAGGAUCACCAUCAGUCAGCAUCUCAAGAUAUUCUAUUGGAGGAUGAGCGCCAUCGUGUCCCCUAUUUUUAUGAGUCUUAUCAGAGGGCGUCAUGUUCAUACGAUGUUGAUUCUACAUGUUUUAUGCCGGAAUACAUUGCUGUCCCACAUGAAGUGAUGCUUGCCAUUAGUGAAGCAAACAAUAUUCUGGACUUGAGUACCAAAGGGGAUAAACCUGAAAGAGAAAACCAGAAUGCUGAUUCUGCUUGGUUCACACCAGUGAAGGAUGUUCUUCCGCCUGAUAUGAUGGAUAUGGUGUCUGAAGCAACUGACCCUUCAGACAAAAGCAAAACUAGGGAUAAUUCUAUAAGAGAUGUGAACAUGGAUGAGACUAAUGGGGGUUCCGCCUGCUCUAUGGCUCCUAUCCCUCCGCAAGAAAGUCAAGAAGGGCAAAACUCAGAGAAUAUUGAGAACAUGACCUGUGGGAGUCUUAGUGAAAAUAACCCAUCAAUUGAAGCAUCAGGGAAUAAUUCACUGCUAGAAAAAUCGAACACAAUUCCUCCACCUUCAGCAGAAUUUCCAGAGCAUGACGCUGGAGAACAUGAGUCACCUGAAGCUCCUGUCUUAAGCUGUGAAACAGGGGCAGAGAAUGAGCUAUCACCUUCUACUCCAGAGCCCUUGCCAGAGGGCGUCCCAGGGCCAUCAUCGUCUUCUAGAUUUAGGGUUAGGACACCAGCUAAAACUGAGAAGAGCCAGGCUACUAGAAAAAGGAGGGUGUUGUACAAUAAGGAGGAUUACAUACCGACAGAACGAGAAGGCAGGCGGAGGGUUAGGAGAAGGUUAACUUGGCCAUUGUGUGAUGAGGGUACCGUACUACCGAAUAUGAUAAUGAGAGCAGCAAUAGAGGAUGCAAGUGAUCUAGUGCAGCAAAGAAGGAAGGCGCCUCAUACUCAUCUUGAUACUUGGAAGGUGGCAAAAGUUGGUUCCCUACCAUAUACGUUCAUGGAUCCACUGAUUCCAUAUAAGACUUCAACCCCCCUUGCAUGCGUUGCUGCACCAGAGGCACCUGAAAGUUUAUGGGAGGGAUCAGUUAAAGCAAGGAGGCGCCUUUCCUACGAACACACUGAAUCUGUCCAUUCUUGCAAGGAUACUGGAAGUACAGAACGAGAAAGCAUUCUAGAUGCAUCAAGAAAGAGAAAGCUGGAUGAGGGAACAGAUUUUGAGGCUUCUGUUGGCUGUCACACAGAAAAUGGGCCUGUUCAAGAUGGAGUUUGUGAAUGCAAUGAAGAUACAGCCAAAGAGAAGGGCCCUCGAGUUGAAGGAGAUGAACCUAGUUCAGAAAUACUACCGAAGAAGGGACUGCAUGAAUCAGAAAACCAAAUUUCGUUGCACAAUGAAGCACUGAAUGCUGCUCUAGAUAAUAUAGAUGAGGAUAUUCCUAAUGAAGAGCCUACCAGAGAUGAAGGUUUGCUGAAUUCAACUCGAACUAGGAAAAUAGCAAAUUGCCUCCAUAAGCUAUUCCUGGAUCAGAAGAGUAAGGAGGGAACUAAUACUUUAAGUCUUAAUCAAGUCCUUGAAGGGGCAAAGAGGAGAACUGCAGCAACUUUGUUCUAUGAAACUCUGAUUCUGAAGAGCCGUGAGCUCGUACAAGUUAACCAAGAGCAGCCUUAUGCGGAUAUCAUACUCUCAGCGACUCCGCAACUUGAAGCAGAGGUUCAGCGCUGUGGGAACUAAUCUUCAUAUUAACUUAACAUGCUCCUUAGUUUUAUGACCUGACCUGACCUGACCUGAGUGUAGAAUUUCACCUCGUCAUUAUCUACUGUAGCAUCUUCUAGAUGGCCGUUCACAUGUAUAUAUGAGCUGCUCAUGGGCAUGGAAAAAGGCAACAGCCGAAUACAAAGCAGAAAAAGCGAGUGAGAUCUUGACUUUCUAUUAUCA